AUGGCUUCCGACAAGGUCGAAACCGCUCCCGACGCCAGCAAAUCCUACAAUGACAAGUUCAUGACCGAACCCAUCGUGACCGAGCCUCACCCCGACUCGCAUAAUGGGAUGCACGAUGUCGAGAAACAUGGCGCGAAUAGAGAAUCUCUCCCAUUGCCGGACUUGAAGCGCAAGCUCAAGAGCAGGCAUUUACAGAUGAUUGCCAUUGGUGGCACAAUCGGAACUGGUCUCUUCAUUGGUAGUGGAACUGCCAUCGCAAACGCCGGGCCUGCAGGUGCUCUCAUCGCAUACCUCUUUGUCGGAUCGAUUGUCUACUCAGUCAUGACCUCCCUCGGAGAAAUGGCCACCUACAUCCCCAUCCCUGGUGCAUUCACAUCCUACGCCGCGCGCUUUGUCGACCCCAGUCUAGGUUUCGCCAUGGGUUGGAUAUACUGGUUUUCAUGGGCUAUUACCUUUGCGUUAGAAUUGACAGCUACCGGAUUGAUCAUUCAGUACUGGGCCCAAUCCGUUUCUAUCGGUAUCUUUAUCGCCGUCUUUUGGGUCUGCAUUACCGCCGCCAACUUGCUUCCCGUUGGCUUCUAUGGCGAACUCGAGUUUUGGCUUUCAACCGUCAAGAUCAUCACUAUCGUCGGAUUCAUGAUUUUCGCCAUUUGCAUUGAUGCUGGUGCCGGGAAUCGACCAUACCUUGGUUUCCACACCUGGGGCAACCCAGGCGCUUUUGCACCUUAUCUGCUCGAAUCUACUGGCCCCACUGCGAAGUUUGUCGGUUUCUGGGCUGUGUUGAUUCAAGCUGGUUUCUCCUACCAGGGUACGGAGUUGGUCGGUAUUGCAGUUGGUGAAUGUGAAAACCCACGCAAGACCAUGCCUUCUGCUAUUCGCAAGACCUUCUACCGUAUCCUGCUCUUCUUCGUCCUCACGAUUUUCUUCAUCGGCUUGUUGGUGCCUUACACAAACGACCGAUUGGCUUCUGGCGGCUCAGACGCUUCUGCAUCCCCCUUUGUUAUUGCAGCCGAUCUUGCUGGCGUCAAAGUCUUGCCUGGUAUCAUCAACGGCGUCCUGUUGACCGUCGUUUUGUCCGCGGCCAACUCCAACGUCUACAGUGGAAGCCGUAUCCUUAUUGGUCUUGCGCAAGAAGGCUUUGCGCCCAGAUUCCUCAAGACGACCUCCGCCCAGGGUGUGCCCUACUACGGUGUAGCCGUGACUUCCACCAUUGGUCUUUUGGCGUUCUUGAACCUGUCCAACAACGGCAGCACCGUCUUCAACUGGUUCGUCAACAUCUCCGGCGUGGCCGGAUUCAUCAGCUGGUCCGUCCUGAACGGUUGCCACAUCGCCUUCAUGCGCGCUCUGGCUGCACGCAACAUCUCCCGAGACCUACUCCCAUACAAAGCCAUGUGGCAGCCCUUUUUCGCCUGGUACGGCCUCUUCUUCAACGUCCUUAUCAUUCUGACUCAGGGAUUCACCGCUUUCAUCCCAACUUUCAACGUUUCGAGCUUCUUCGUUGCCUACAUCAGUUUGAUUCUCUUUGUGGUGCUGUAUCUUGGACACAAGAUUGUGUUCCGCACCAAGUUUGUGCGCCCGAUUGAUGCCGAUCUUGAUACUGGACGGAUUGAGCCGGACAAUGCGGUCUAUGAGUCGCAGGAGCCGACUUCCAUCUGGCGGAAGAUUUUUUAA